CUUCAAUAAUACAAUAAUACAAUGGUGAAAGAAGGAAGAAUCGAAUCAAUGGUGAAAAAUUGAAUUAAUUUCAUCCGUAGUAUAAUAAUACAAUAGAUCCUGUUGCUCGUAGUCGUGUCAAUUACAAAGGAGAAGAAGAAGGAAGAAUGGACGAAGAAGGCGCAAAAGCAAAAGGAAAAAGCAGAAAACCAAAGCCCAUUAUCCUCUCUCAAUCACCGUUUUCUACCAUGAUCAGAAAACCCGUUCUCAAGCAAACCCUAGUAACCUUCGUCCUCUUCUUCGCCCUCUACGCUCUCUUCAACGCAUUCCUCUACCCAACCGAUUCUUCCACCUUCGAAUCUGCCGCCUCCACCUUCUCCUUCAAUUCCGCCACCGCCUCCUCCGUCGCCCUCGCCGCCGGCGCUUCAAAAUCCCCCGCCGUCAAGGUCUACCUCUACGAUCUUCCCCUCAGAUUCACCCACGGCGUCAUCCACCACCAUUCCCUCGCGCGUGGCGCACGCGUCUCCGAUGACGCGUCAUCCCUUAAGUACCCCGGCCAUCAGCACAUGGCGGAGUGGUACCUCUUCUCGGAUCUCGCCCGACCCGACUCCGAGCGCGUCGGUUCGCCCGUGGUUCGGGUUCUGGAUCCCGACGAAGCCGACUUGUUCUUCGUGCCGUUCUUCUCGUCGCUGAGCUUGAUCGUGAACCCGGUCCGCCCCGCCGGUUCAGGUCCCGGUUCAGAUAAACCGGCUUAUAGCGACGAGGAGAACCAGGAGGCGCUGGUGGAGUGGCUGGAGGGGCAGGAGUAUUGGAAGAGGAGCAAUGGAAGGGACCACGUGAUUGUGGCCUCCGAUCCGAAUGCGAUGUACCGGGUCAUCGAUCGGGUCAAGAAUUGCGUGCUGCUUGUUGCGGAUUUUGGGCGGUUACGACCCGACCAGGGGUCUCUGGUGAAGGACGUGGUUGUGCCGUACUCGCACCGUAUCAAAUCCUACGAGGGUGACGUCGGAGUCGAUAAUCGCAACACCUUGUUGUUUUUCAUGGGCAAUCGAUAUCGCAAAGAGGGAGGCAAAAUUCGUGAUACACUCUUUCAAAUUCUAGAAAAGGAAGACGAUGUCAUAAUAAAGCAUGGAGCACAAUCCAGAGAGAGUCGACGGGCAGCUUCACAAGGAAUGCAUACAUCAAAGUUCUGUUUACAUCCCGCAGGAGAUACUCCAUCAGCCUGCCGACUGUUUGAUGCUAUAGUUAGCUUGUGCAUUCCAGUGAUUGUCAGUGAUAACAUUGAGUUGCCUUUUGAAGAUACUAUAGACUAUAGAAAGAUUGCUUUAUUUGUAGAAACUUCUGCUUCUAUAAAGCCGGGAUAUUUGGUCUCAAUAUUGAGAGCAGUGACCCCAGAUAGAAUCUUGGAAUAUCAGAAAGAACUAAAAGAGGUGAAGCGAUACUUUGAAUAUGAAGCAACAGAAGGAACGGUUAAUGAGAUUUGGCGCCAAGUUUCAAAGAAACUACCCUUGAUUAAAGUGAUGAUUAAUCGUGAGAAAAGGCUAUUUGGAAAGGAAGCUGACUGCUCUUGCAUAUGUACAAACCAGACUACCAUUAGAACCUUAUAGCACUUUUCUCACCAUCGGGUUUUACAUUCCAUGAAAUCUGUGGCUGAGUUUUGUCACGAUGUUAUGAGGUGAUGAGAACAUUUGAUUAGGGACAAUGAUAGUUGUAAAUAUGGUUUCUCUCAUAUUUCACAUAAGGGUGACUUGGAGAAAUUUGUUGAUAAUCCCAAUUUACUCAACAACUCAUUCCCCAAUAAAUUGUCAAACGAAUGUGAGAUAUGUGAGAAAUCAUUUGUGUAACUAUCAUUAUCGGUUAAUUAGUUCUUACUGGUACUGCGGGGGCCGACUCAAGUUUGAUAUAUCUGAAGCCCAGGCAUAGCUUGUUAACUGCCUUUGUACGAGUAUGCCUAGCGCGUUCUGUUGUUGUAUACUCCAUACAAGUUUACGUAUUGAGACGACGCUAAGAAGGAGAAAUUAAAUUCUACCGUGAUUGAAUUGU